ACUCACCUUUCAAAAACCCCUUCUCUUCUCUUCUCUUCUCUUCUUCUCCCACACCCAUAAAUAAAUCCACACACUCUCACACACCAAAAAAUUCAAACAAAACCAUACCCCAAACAGACAAGGAAAAAAAAAAAGAAAAGAAAGUUGUGUUGAAAGCCCAACAAAGCCACAUUGCUUCAAAUUGCCACUUCAAAACCCAUUAGUCUUUCUCUCAGAACACUCAUCCAUGGGUGAAGAAAUCAAGAAAAAUGACGAUGGUGAAGAUCAAAAGAAGGAAGACACCAAACAACAGGAGAAAAAGGAACCAACUGAAUCAGCAGUAACACCACCACCACCAACAACAACGACAGAAGAUGAACAAAAGAAACAAGACAAUAAGAAAAAUGAAGAAGAACCACCCCAAGAUAUUGUUCUCAAAGUUGAUAUGCAUUGUGAAGCUUGUGCCAGAAAAGUCGCCCGAGCCUUGAAAGGCUUUCAAGGAGUGGAGAAUGUGACUACUGAUAGCAGAGCAGGGAAGGUUGUGGUGAAAGGGAAAGGAGCUGACCCUUCAAAAGUUUGUGAGAGAUUACAGAAGAAAAGUGGGAGAAAAGUUGAGCUAAUUUCACCGUUGCCUAAACCGCCUGAAGAACAACCUAAAGAAGAAGAUAAACAGCCAAAGGAAGAGAAAAAGGAAGAGGUUCCUCCACCUCCAGCAGUGGUAACAGUGGUACUGAAUGUUCAGAUGCAUUGUGAGGCUUGUGCUCAAGUUUUGAGGAAGAGAAUAAGGAAGUUCAAAGGUGUAGAGUCGGUGGAAACAGAACUGGCCAACAAUCAGGUCAUUGUAAAAGGUGUUAUGGAUCCGGCGAGGUUAGUCGAUCAUGUAUCGAAGAGAAGCAGAAGGCCAGCUUCCAUCGUAGUGAAGGAGGAAGAAAAGAAGGAAGAGGAGAAGAAGGAAGAGGAAAAACCAGCAGGUGAAGAGAAAGCAGAGGAGAAAAAAGAAACUCAGGAAGAAGAAAAGGAAGAAGAUGAUAAGAAGUUCGAUAUAAAAAGGCUCGAGUAUUGGCCAUCAACCAAAUAUUACACUGAGUAUGCCUAUGUCCCAGAAAGACUUUUCAGUGAUGAGAAUCCGAAUGCUUGUUCAAUAAUGUAGACUGCAAUUCCAUUUUGUAGUUUGGCUCAAAUUUGCCUUCGUUUUGAAUCUUCUGAGAUAAUUUGUAAUUGUGUUAAUGCAUGCAAGGUUAAUGGUUAAUAUUAACCUCUCCAAUGA